AUGGAUUAUUUGCAUACUGAAGGCGAUCACUCAGGAGCUGGAGAUGCUCCCAGAAGAACUUCUUUCGAGAAACAGGACUCUUUUGCAACUGAGACGGUCGUUGAAACGUCUAUAGAGCAUCAAGGCGGCGGCGAUAGCGCGGAAGUGGUUUUUGCCGCGGAACAACAGGCAGAAACGGAUUCUACUAAUUCUAAAGAACAUCGGCCUGCUGUGGUUUACGAAGAGCGGCAAUCAGAAAUAGAUUCUCAGCAACGACAGCAUGAAAUGGAAACAACCGAAGCUGAGUCAGAAGCUGCUAUUGAAGCAUACGAUGAUAAUACGGAAGAGAUGACGACUAUUUCUGCUGAACAGCAACCUGACGUUGAAAAGACAGAAAGUGAAGUACAAGAAGAAGAUACUUCAUCUGGAGGAGCCGACGAACCCGGAACCCUAAGCGGUUCUGUUGAAGACGUUGAAAAAACAACUUACGUAACGGGAGAAACUGGAGAUACAUUCAAAGAAGAGCACAGAACGAGUUACACCGUCGAGGAACGAAAAGGCGGUGAUGUCAUGAAAGAGCACGUUGUGGUCACUGUUGUGUCUACCGAGUAUAUCUCCCAUGAGGAGCGUGAGGUGAAGGACACUAAGAAG